GGGGCUGUUACUCCAACCUGAUCGAGUCCAUUUGCCAAUUCAACAGUCGCAUCACUUCCGGAUCGGUCCUCAGUUUCUGCUGCAGAGGAGACCACACAAGCCAUGGCUGAGAGGAAGCAGUCUGGCCGGCAGGGCGAGGAAGAAGAAGUGCCAGCCUUCUUCAAAAACCUGGGCUCGGGCAGUCCCAAGCCCCGGCAGAAAUUCUGUGGCAUGUUCUGCCCGGUGGAAGGCUCCCUGGAGAACAAGACCAUCGACUUUGACUCCCUCUCGGUGGGCCGCGGAUCUAACAAAGUCGUGGCAAAGCAGAAGGAUGUUGCCCACCUGGGUCCGGAUGCUCCAUCCGUCUAUUCCAGGCAGAGUGGGAAGGGAGGGGAACCAUCUGUUGAUUUCGGGAGAAAGGUGGAGAUCAGGAGUGCCACUGGGAAGGAGGCGCUGCAGAACCUGAAUGACAAGAGUGAUCGUCUUUUGAUCAAAGGUGGUAAAAUAGUUAAUGACGACCAGUCGUUCUAUGCAGACAUUUACAUGGAAGAUGGGUUGAUAAAGCAAAUAGGAGAGAACCUGAUUGUGCCAGGGGGAGUGAAAACCAUUGAAGCCCAUGGCAGGAUGGUGAUUCCUGGAGGGAUUGACGUUCACACCCGCUUCCAGAUGCCGGAACAGGGGAUGACAUCUGCUGAUGACUUCUUCCAAGGGACCAAGGCUGCGCUGGCUGGGGGCACCACCAUGAUCAUCGAUCAUGUGGUUCCUGAGCCCGGGACCAGUUUGCUGACAGCCUUCGACCAGUGGCGAGAAUGGGCAGACAGCAAAUCCUGCUGUGACUACUCUCUGCACGUGGAUAUCACCGAGUGGCAUAAAGGUGUCCAGGAGGAGAUGGAAGCUCUGGUUAAAGAUCAUGGCGUGAACUCUUUCUUGGUUUACAUGGCUUUCAAAGAUCGCUUUCAGCUAACUGACUCUCAGAUAUAUGAGGUCCUGAGUGUAAUCCGGGAUAUCGGUGCGACAGCUCAAGUGCAUGCUGAGAAUGGUGACAUCAUUGCUGAGGAGCAGCAAAGGAUUCUGGACCUGGGGAUCACAGGCCCUGAAGGACAUGUGUUGAGCAGACCUGAAGAGGUGGAGGCGGAGGCUGUGAACCGGGCAAUAACCAUCGCCAACCAAACCAACUGCCCCCUUUAUAUCACCAAGGUGAUGAGCAAAAGUGCCGCUGAUGUCAUUGCUCAAGCCAGGAAAAAGGGCACUGUGGUGUAUGGAGAGCCCAUCACAGCCAGCUUGGGUACCGACGGAUCUCAUUAUUGGAGCAAGAAUUGGGCUAAGGCAGCAGCUUUUGUUACUUCCCCACCACUGAGUCCUGACCCAACCACUCCGGAUUUUCUCAACUCACUACUGUCCUGUGGAGACCUCCAAGUUACUGGCAGUGCCCACUGCACCUUCAACACUGCUCAGAAAGCUGUUGGGAAGGACAACUUUACCCUGAUCCCUGAAGGAACCAACGGGACUGAAGAGAGGAUGUCCAUCAUCUGGGAUAAGGCUGUGGUGACUGGCAAGAUGGAUGAGAACCAGUUUGUUGCCGUGACCAGCACAAAUGCAGCUAAAAUCUUUAACCUGUACCCGCGGAAGGGCCGCAUCGCAGUGGGCUCGGAUGCAGACCUGGUUAUCUGGGAUCCUGACAGCGUCAAGACAAUCUCCGCCAAGACCCAUAACAUAUCUCUGGAGUACAAUAUCUUUGAAGGCAUGGAGUGCCGUGGGUCUCCCCUGGUGGUUAUCAGCCAGGGGAAGAUCGUGCUGGAGGAUGGGAAUCUCCACGUCACCGAGGGAUCUGGCCGGUAUAUCCCCAGGAAACCGUUCCCUGACUUCGUUUACAAGCGCAUCAAAGCAAGGAGCAGGCUGGCCGAGCUGCGGGGUGUGCCGCGAGGCCUCUAUGACGGACCCGUCUGCGAAGUGUCGGUGACGCCGAAGACCGUCACACCAGCGUCUUCAGCCAAGACAUCUCCUGCCAAACAGCAGGCCCCACCCGUGAGGAACCUGCACCAGUCUGGAUUCAGCUUGUCUGGGGCACAGAUCGACGACAACAUCCCACGCCGCACGACUCAGCGCAUCGUGGCACCGCCCGGCGGACGUGCCAACAUCACCAGCUUGGGCUAAGGACCGACCCCUUCUGUGCCCGCCUAGCGGACCGGGGGACGGGGGCACCUGGAGACCCUUUUUGAUUCUUUUAGAGCCUGUGACAGUUACUGCGGGCAACCAGUGAGGGGGGGGCUGAAGUAAGGCGCCUCUUUCAGUCCCCUCAGAUUCCCUCCUCAUCUUCACCAACCCCUCUCACUUCCCCCUCCCCCACCUCCUCAGCUCCUACACAUUUAAAGAAAUAAACCCUGUUUUGGCACCUCUGACAUGCAAAAGUAAAUGUAAAGAGGAUGUUUGAGAUAUGUGGCCUCUGUCCCAUUCAGCAUCUUUCUUUUAAUAAAGGAAGGAUAAAGUGAAUUUCCCGGGAGCUGCCUUUAAGACACACACGAAAAAAGGAAUAAAUAAAUAAUAAAUGUAAAAAA